AGUUGCUUUUCGGGGUGCAUCAAAUGGAGUAAAGUGGAACUCCCAGAAAGCUUAACUACAAUGGGAAAACAUGUUUUACACAAUGCGACAAUUUGA